CGACGCCCACACUCCCCUCCACGAAGUCGCUGCCGUCAACCCCCCACCACCACGCCGCCGCCGCCCACCCACCGGCGGAUUCUGCCACGCCCACCUCCCCACCACGCCGCCGCCGCCGGUCCCGUGGAAGAGAAGGUCCAGCCGCCAGCGCCGCCAUUGAGGAUCCGCCGGGCUUGCGCACCUACCCGUUCCCCGCGUGACCAACCCCACACCCACUCCUAGAUGCGGUUCUCUUGAUUCCCCACCAAACAGCGCUCGAUCCGCGGCCAUGGCAGAACCGGCAGGCGCAGCAUCCGCCCUCUCCGGGGCUUCACCGGCGCAAUCGUUGGAGGCAACUCUACAGACGAGUUCCAGGUAUAAUGGUGCUCAUGGAACCGGAUUGGGCACCACUGCGGCGAGCCGGCGAACCCUACAUGUGCUGGAGAAAAAGUCCAGGUGCCAACCAUUUCGGCAUCGCCGGCAGGCAUCGUAGGAGACGACGGCAAGGUGAAUGCAGCAAACCAGAACGGAUGCUCACCAUCCCCACCGCAAGCAGAAAGCCGUGCAGAAAUGAUAGACACCCAUCGCUUGCACCUGUCAAUACAGUCACGCCAAAGCGAAGCAAGGCACAACACGCCGACGGGAUAGAUAAUACAGUCCGUCGAUCGCCGAGGCUCACCACCGUGCAAGCAGCAGAUGAUGAUGAUGAUGUUUUCCAACCCGUUAAGGCACGCCCCAGGAUCAAAAUCGCUGCGCACAAGCACGCGGCGGGCGCACCCCUGAAGCGGCAAUUGUUAUCAACAAUUCAGGAGUCAGAGGAGCUUGAACCAAAACCUGGAAAGACAUGCUGCCGCUGCAACCCAAAAGAUGUAAUUGAUGUUAUCAAUUUGAUGUCUGGCCCACAGAAGGAGAAGAUACGUGAUCUUGGAUGGGGUAAGAUACUAGAUAUCACCAUUGAUGCUGUCAAGAGCAGGGAACUCUUUAAGUGGCUGCUCACGAAGGUUGAUGUGCUCAGCAUGGAGAUCCGUGUCCCCCCGCACACUAUCCUGCCAAUCACGAAACAUGCAGUCCACAUUGUCCUCGGCGUCCCAACUGGCACAAGGCCCCCACCCGACCAUUCAUACAAAGAAGUGAACGAGGAAAAAGCCCGGCUGGCCACGGCGCUUGGUUGCCAAGGAAACACGAUCACAAUUGCCCAUCUUAAAUCAAAACAGAGUGAACACAAGGUGGAUGACCUUUCGAUCAGAUGUUUCUUUCUUUUACUCUUCAACAGACUGCUAUUUUCCACAUCUGCUUUCGACAUAAGCAACACAGAGGUCAAAUAUACAAUGGACUGGGAUUCCUUCGACCAGGUUGAUUGGCAACAGAUAAUGGUGAAUGACAUCCGUGAUGCAGCCAAGCAAUGGAUGGGGCGCAAAUCUGAUAAUCCCUCUUUUAGUUCCUGCCCGCCAUUCCUGAUUAUCUACUAUCUCGACAACCUUCUACACAAGGCAAAUAACGAAAACCGCAUGAUCACCCCGAGGGCAGCUACAUUCACCAAGGAGAAAGUAGGGGCACUCAUGCUCGCAGAUCUCUGGAAGGAUGAGUGGGGAAACACCCAUUAUGGAGCUCUUCCAUAACCCCUUAUUGCAGAAAAAAAACCAAACAGGGUCAGCUUAUGAGACACAGCCGACUACGCAUGCCGGACCGAGCACAUCAUUGGCAUUACCCAGUUUUGACAUUCCUGUCCUCAGAAAUUUACUGCAGGGUCACACCGGCGUCAUAUCUGGAAAUGCACAGACCCGAAUCACCGACCUUGCAGCUGCAUUUGACAAAGACAUGCGCCAACUCAACCAAUCUAUAUCUAAAAGGAUGCAUAAAUUCGCUGACGACAUUACAUCCCUGCUUUCCGACGUGCCGGGCUCCACUGCACUAGAUGAAACACGACAAGGGCAUCACAAUCAGUGCAACACCGUGGGCGAAGAGCUCCAACGCAACGCCAAUGUGGAUGAGAGUACAAUCUCCCUCCCAUCUUACUUGUUACGAGUUAUUGAUUCCAUAGCAUAAGUUCUCAUAGCUGCAACACACUGUGCAUAAGACACUCGUCUGAUUGUGUUUUACGGCUUACUGGAAUCGCUGGAUGCAAGACUUAUCUUCCUUUCAAUGCUCCAAGACCAUCGAAUCA